AUGUCUCCAAGAAGAUCAGUUCGAAUCAACGGUAAUAGAAACAUCCACGUGGAUGCAACUCCAGCACCCGCAAGGGGCGGAGGCCGAGGUGAUGGUCGACGCGGAGGCCGACGUGGAGGCCCAAGCGGUAAGGGAGGUAGACAAGGAGCAUCGAUAGCACCGGUAGAUGAAGUAGCACUCGAACAACAACAAGCACCUCCCAAUGCUCAAGCUGAAAUACUCCGAGAAAACGCUCUUGCAGUGAAUCCAGAACCAAUACAACGUUUUAAACCUGUGUACGAGCGAUUCAGGAAACAACAACCACCAAUAUUCAAUGGGAGCUCGGACUCACUUGAAGCUGAGGAAUGGUUGCGCUCAGUGGAGUCCAUAUUAGAAUAUAUGGACCUCACUGAUAGGGAAAGAGUAUCCUGUCUUUGCCACCUACUUAAAAAGGAUGCACGGAUCCUGUGGGAAGUAGUAAGACAAAGUCGCAACAUAACAACUAUGACCUGGUUGGACUUUGUUGAUGUGUUCAACAGGAAAUACUACAGUGCCGCCAUACUGGCUGCAAAAGAAGAUGAGUUUAUGAAUCUGAGGCAGAACAAUCUCACUGUCACGGAGUAUGCUAGGCAAUUUGACCGUCUGGCAAAGUUUGCACAAGAGAUCGUACCAACCGAGGCCCUUCGGGUCAAAAGGUUCUUGAAGGGGAUGAACCCCAUGAUUAAAAAAGAUGUGAAAAUCAUGGUGGGGACCAACACAGUUUAUGCUGAGGUGUUAGAAAAAGCUCUUGAAGCUGAGUUGCUCGAAAAUGAUAUAAAGAAGGAGAAUGCUGCUAAGUGGGAAGCCCGAAGAAACAAUGGAGGAAAUCAAGAGAAUAAGAGAAAACACGAGGGAAAUCACAGUAAUGAUCGUGAUAAAAAGGGGAAAGCAGUGGUCCAAAAUAACAACAAUGGGGUGAAAAGGUCCUAUGUAGAAUUCCCAAUUUGCCCCACAUGCAAUAGGAAACAUCUUGGGGAGUGUAAGAUGAAGUCAGGGGUGUGCUACAAUUGCAGAGGAGAAGCGGCCACAAGCAACACUGUUGUCUCAGGUCAGGUUUCUAUUUACGGAUUGCCUUAUAAUGUUCUCUUUGAUUCUAGAGCUACUCAUUCUUAUAUAGCUACUAGGGUAAUUGAUAGUAUAGAUAAGCCAUGUGACCUACUUAGAUGUGGUAUUGUGACGGAAUUACCCUCGGGAGAAACCAUGUUAUCAACAAGAAGAAUGCGAGAUGUACCUAUCAUAAUCGAAAGCAAAGAACUUAUGGGCGACCUAAUAGAGCUGGAAAUGAAGGAAUAUGAUGUUAUACUUGGGAUGGAUUGGCUAUCUAGUCACGGUGUGACAAUCAAUUGCCGAAAGAAACUGGUCGUUUUUGAAACAAAGGCUGGGGAUCGGUUUACUUUCAAGGGCGACAAGCUGGCCUUGAGGACUCCAUUAAUCUCUUCCCUAAAAGCUAGUCAGCUAAUGAAGGCGGGGUGUCUGGCAUUCUUGGUCAGCGUAGUGGAUCGAGCAAUAGAGACGCAACUAAAUGUGGAGAAUGUGCACAUAGUCUGUGAAUUUCCAGAGGUCUUUCCAGAAGAUUUACCGGGACUACCUCCAGACAGAGAGGUGGAGUUCAUCAUCGAAUUAGCCCCAGGGACUAAUCCAAUUUCAAAGGCUCCAUACAGAAUGGCACCUAAUGAGUUAAAAGAGCUUAAAAUACAACUACAGGAGCUAGACAAAGGGUUCAUUAGACCGAGUUACUCACCUUGGGGUGCAACGGUACUCUAUGUCAAGAAAAAAGAUGGAAGUAUGAGGAUGUGCGUAGACUACCGUGAGCUCAACAAGGUGACCAUCAAGAAUAAGUAUCCUUUGCCAAGGAUUGACGAUCUCUUUGAUCAAUUGCAAGGCUCGGCUGUGUUCUCAAAGUCAAGAAAAAAGAUGGAAGUAUGA